CUCUCUCUCUCAGUCUGAGAGUGUCUGGGUGGUGAUGGCAGUGUGCUGGUCGCUAUGAGCUGAGCUGUGGAUGGUCUGCUCUCUGGUUUCUGAGGUGAUCUCUCUCUUCUCUCGGCGUCUCUCCUGCACCUCGUGCGCGCGCUCACAGCCCAGCGCCAUGGAUCUGUCAUUCAUGGCCGCGCAGAUCCCGGUCAUGACGGGGGCCUUCAUGGACUCGUCCCCCAAUGACGACUACAGCACCGACCACUCGCUCUUCAACUCCUCUGCCAGUGUCCACACAGCUGCGAUGGCAGCCCACCACCAGCAGGAGGAGCAGCAGUCCAUGUCCCGCGAUGCCAUCUGGCUGUGGAUCGCAAUCACCGCCACCAUCGGCAACAUCGUGGUGGUGGGCGUGGUCUACGCCUUCACUUUCUGAACUGGACAAACUCAAACUGGACAGAAACCUGAGAGACCAGAUCCAAACUGAAGGCCAAAACUGAGCCGAAAUUCUAGAACAGGGUGGUGAGGUCUUUCGCGUAGCAUACGUAGAUGUAACGUUUAUUUUCUUUCUCCCUUACGAUUUUUACACAAAUCAAUGUGAAGGUUUUUAGAGUAUUUUUGAUGCAUCGCUCCUUCUGUUUGCUUCCUGUAAGCUGAUGAAUUACGAACAGCAUGGUGUAGCAGAAACGAAAGAAUAAUAAGCCACGUUUGGUACUUAUGAACAUUUUGUAUAUAUUUUUGCCUCUAGUUUCAAUGUAUGGAGUUUUUAAAGCUUUAAAUGUAUAGAGAUCAUCUAUUUGAGAUGUCAAUCGACUGCAAAAAUCCCUGAUAUUUCAAAUGGAUAUGAGACCAAUAAUUAUGGUUUAAUAAUGCCAGUUUCCUCACUUUCCACUAAAAAAAUACUUUUAAGUGUACAGUCUGCCAGUUUUUCUACUUGAUAGACCUUAAAACAUAUUUAUUUCUAAUUCUAUCCUAUUUCUUCUCAAUUUGGAAGGUCAAUUAAUCAAUCCCUGUUUAUAUGAACUCCCCUUAUCAUUAGGCAAUGCUACAAAUACUAGGAGGGUGAAGACUUGCACUUGCCUCUUUUUAAACAUCACUGGGUAGCCAGCGCACUUAGAGGAAAGCAUGGUUCCCCAGCUCCAAUAGAUCAGCUAACAGAUGCCCGUGCUGACCACCAUCAAACUACUCACCCAGAGAGAGCAAGGUCUGUUGUGCUCUCUCGGAUUCUGGCUGCUGAUGACAAGCAGCAUGAUCUGGUAUUCACACCAGCAAUCCAGGGAUCACAGUGACAGCGCCUUAAUCCGCUGUACCACUCUGAGCCCUAGUUGAGCAUUCUUAAUCAUUCAUCAAUUGGGCCAUCUCUGUUAUUUGCACAUUAACUUGUCCACCCUCUAUGCUAUCCCCUUGGUGGUUCUGCCUCUUUAACACACGCUACAAUCAUGCCCCUCGCACCACAGAGACAAUCGAUCGGCUGAACUCUCAGCACGCACAGAACAUCGCGUUUUCCCCUCACGUCCACCAUUCCUCACGUUUGUUUAAUUUCAGUACUUUGCGCUUGUUUUUUGAUUCAUUGCCCCGCGUCCCGAUCGGCAGGGUGCCGCUUUGUUCCUGUCAGCGUCGGUGCCGUCUGCCAGCGAGACAAUAAGCCUCGCUUUUAAUGAGUUCUGGGGAGAGGCGCGGGUUGCCAUGGCAACUCGGGGUGCCUUGCCUUGGACAAAGUGGAGGAGAGCUCCCGUUCUGGUGACACAUAAGUACACACCUGCUCCACACACACUAACACACGCACACAUAUGACCUUUCCAAAGACCUCCAAGAACUUGCACUAGGAAAAGCAUCUGCAGAAACCAGACAAAGGAUUGGACCCACUCCUGUCCUGACUAAACAUGUGUUUUUAAAGGCUUAUGCUUAAAGCAUCUUUCCGUUCCAUCAAACAUAUGUACAGUACCCUAAUUCAUAAUGACUGGAAAGGAAAAUUGACUUGUUUUGGGAUCCUUUGGAUAGUCGCCAAGGUAGUACUGGGAGUUUAUAAGAUGCUAGACUGAAGCGAGGAGGAGCUUUUAGGACUGGUCUACCUGACAAACUUUGUUUGUUUUAAAUGUCCUAUAAAGCAUUUAAGCAUAAGCCUUUAGGUCAACAUGCAUUUAACCCUUUCAGACACUGCAUCCAUUACAAUGGACAGCAUAACACUAUUCAAGAGCUGUUGUCCAUCAGAAUAGACCAUGACCCAACCAAUGAACAAGUUUAGAAACCAAUAAAACAGUAACUUGGCACCGCCCACUGCAAAAACACUGGAAAAACAGUAGUACUAGAGCCACUGAGGAAAGUUAACAGCUAUUUUUUAUUAUUUUAAUGUGAUUUAGAACCCUUUUUUUUUACUGUUUUAGGAUGGUUUAUAAAAUGAAAAGGUCAAUAUGAAGUGUGAAAUAUUACACACAGGCUUCCAAAGCAAUAUGAUUCAAAUCCAAAAAUGAAAAGUAAUUAUAUAAAUAUUUUAGUUAUUUGGAUUGAUUUACUAUAUAGAUUUUAUUGUAGAAUAUUAGUCUUUUUUCUGUGCAUUUCAGAUUAUUUUUUCCAUCACUGGAGAUAAUUCAGGUCUGAAAGGGUUAAAUGAGAGUAUUUCCUUUAACAGAAAAUUCUGAAAAAUUAACCCCUUAUGUUCCCAGAUUUUUUUAAUUACACCUGUCUUGCACCCAGUGAUUCUAAGUAGGCUCUUGAUCCAUCUUGACUCUGACCAGGAAGAAGUGGAUGUGAAGAUGGACGGAUUAUUAUUUGUUAUCUACAUGCAAAGAGUUGUUCCAAAGUAAUAAUAAUAUGGGAAAUAUAUAUUUUAAGAGUUAAAAUAUACAGACAAUUCAUGUCCAUCUCUGGAUUUUUGGUCUUUAUUUUCCCGACCUCAGUGAGCGACAUCUGACUUUAAUUUAUGCACAAAAGUGUGCUUAGUAGGGGUGGGCGAUAUGGCCCUAAAAUAAUAUCACGAAAUUUCAUGGUAUUUUCGCAAUAAUGAUACUCUUGGCAAUGUGACAAAACACUGAAUUUGAGAUUAUUUUUUUUUCAAUAACACACUACUACAACAAUACUAAUAAUGCAUUUUAAAUAUCUCCAUAUAUAUCCAGGAUUAAAGUAAAAUAAAUAAUACUGGACAGAUAUAAUCUGUCUCUAGUAGAUUUUAAUGGGAAAUGGGAACAGUGUGAAUUUUCUUUUGCUAAAACAGCAAAAAUUAUGUGAUAUUAGGGGUGGGUGAUUUUUAUGGUAUAAUAUUGUUCACAACAUUCAAAAAUGUUGGCGAUAUUAUUGCAAACAAUAUGAUAUGGCACACCCCUAGUGCUUAGCUGUUGUAGAAACUAUGAGAAUGCUGUCACUAUUUAAAAAGCUUAUUUGCAGAAACAGAUCAAGGCUAUUCUUUAAGCAUAUCUUUAUUUGUUUUCACACAUUAUCUCUUUAUUUACAUCAUGUCCCAAGAUGAAUGGACCAAAAGACACAACCAAACCUUUAAUGCAGUUAUGAGGACAGAUUUAAAAUGUCAAAUCCAGCACGGCUUUCUGAAAAAGUAUUUAAACUGAUGCUCACAGCACCAUUUUAUGAAGGUCUCUGAACCUGCAGAGUCUCUUUAGUGCUGCUGACAGUAGCCAGUGUGCUGAGGGUCAGUGUGUAAAUUAAUAAUAAAGUGGAGUGAGGCAGAGGUGUUAAUGGACUGUCAGUAACACUCCCACACAUCCAGGACUUUGUGUGAAGCUUUCUUUAUUAUUUCUUUAUUAUUUUCUGCUCAGUUGACUGUAGUAGUUGUCAGAACAGCUAACGCUGACACUUUUCUUAACUUUGAGUUGCAAGUAACAGUAUAUUGAUUAAGGGGCCACUCAUUUAUUUAUGAAAUGUUCUUUAAAAAAAAGAAUAAAAAAGGAACAGAACUUACAUUCUUGUUUCUUUUUUUAAUUGGCUGAUUUUCUCAAACUCGAAGGUUCAGUUAAAAACAAAACUAUCAACUUCUUUUAUAAAAAGUAUUGGGUAUGAACGUUAAAUAAUGGAAGCUGCUUUCCCCUUAUACAUUCAUUUGAGAAAUCAACUAAGGGCACUAAUGGAAGUAUGGAAGAUCCAGUCACCUCCCCAACUUAAUUGUAAUUUACUACUGUACCCUUGUCCACAUUUUUGUAAUAUUAUUACAGAUGUGAGUAGCUCUGCCCUUUCCGAAUUACAGUGCAUUGUGGCAUAACAAAAACUAGAUAGUGCUAGUAAUUUGUACACAAUUGGUACACACCAUAUGAUUUCCACUGGAGACAUUCACCCUACUGUUCACCACACCCACCAAAAUUACACUCUCUACCUCCACACUUCAGUAGUAUUAGCUCAUUACAGCUGAUUUUAGUGAUCCUGCUGAUAAAUCACAUUAUAAUGUGGUCAUUUCACCAGUAAGAAAGACCAACUCCUUUUUCUAGGCUCCAUGACGGGAGUUGGGAUUUCUUACUGGGAAAAUUAUCACAUUAUAAUGUAAUUUGUCAGCAGGAUCACUGGUACACAGUGAGAGCUACAGCUUUAUUUGUGGAUGGUCUGUUGAGCUCAAUUGCAGUAAAGAAACUUAUAAACAGAGUUUAAGGACAAUCCAGGUGCAGUUGAUUCAAUUUCCAUAUGUUACAACCUGUUGGAAUAAUCAAACCUUUAUUCCACUGUUUUCUUUUUCUUUUUCUGAAUGACGAAAUGUGCAGACUAUUUCUAACAAGCUAUUUCAUAAGGUUUUCCCUUGAUGCCUUCAUAUAUGAACUCACUAUAAAAUAAACCUUCCCUGUGAUCUGCUGUUAAUGGAAUAUUGUGCUGCUGAUCAGUGCGUAUACAGUAGAUCUAGCCAGUGAAUAAGUUACUGUGUCUUAUUUAAAGGCCUGCCAUACAGUAAAACAACUGGACACUAGAUUGUUCUGCAGAGUUGUGUUUUACUUAAACUGUAAAUUAUUUCUUUUGUAAUAAAAUGUUGUUGUUCUAUUAAACCAUAUA